AUGCAUCGACUACUCACGAAAAAACACCGAGACGAUGAUCAGCCGAAAGCUCAAAAUAAACUUCGCUCUUUUAAGCGUAAUAAGAGUCAGCCUCCACCGGCUUCCCGGCCACAAGUUGACCUCACACAGGCCCUCCCACCUACUGACGACUUUCGAAUAUCCUUGAUGAUGCCUAAUUUGGAAAAACGGUUCAGUGUUCUCAGAGAAGGUGAAGACCAAGAAGACGUGUGUGCCAGCGGAAUGGGCUCUGGAGUACUCGCUUCUGGAACUCUCUUCAAGGAUGACAAGGAUGGUGAAUUCGCCAAACCAACUAUAGCAGGCUUAACAGAUAUAACCGAAGUUGCAUCAAUUAGAAGUGGGUCAAGGGCCGAGGGCUCAUUUGAUUUACCUGGGAGAGCUGCUCAAAAGGAAGACUUCUCGGGUGGCAUUAUGGAUAGACCGAGACAGGGGGAAGGUAAUGUUUUGUUUGGUGGCAGGCAGAAAGUGUUUCGGGUCAAUACAGUCGCGGCAGGUUCAGAUGAUGUCGAAGAUUCUCCUCUUUCCCCAAUUGGACGUGGUAGGAUUGGGGGACGGGCUUUAUAUACUGAUGACUUACCGUCACAGAGUGGAUUUCGCAAAGGUUCAACUGUCGAUCGAGAUUUCCCCCGUAGCCAAAGCCCGCCCCCUUCAAGCUACAACCUCGAUCGGAACACACAAUCCUCCACAAAUUCGGGGCCGGGUUCGCUUACAAGGUCCUCUACUACAGCAACAUCAACUUCAUCAAACUCUCGUAAUUUUACGCCAAAUACUUUCGUUAACACCAUGGCUUCCACGACAUCGAGCAAACCCAGGAAGUUGAUUUACGAGCAAGCCCUAGACAGGGACAAUAGCGAAAGGGAACAAAAUAUGCUGGAAAACCACCUCGAAAACCACAAACUAGCCAUCAUGGCCCAGAAGAGGGCCGGUUCGACAAGCCCUCAUCCUUACUCUGAAGAAGAUGAGAGAAAAAGAGCCAUGUCUCCGCCAGUGCGCUCAUUUGCAAGACCAUUCUCACCCCCUCACCACGAAGACCCGGAACCACAAGGCAAACUCGACGUUUCCCAAAAUAAUCCGAAACAUCAAAUCCCUAAUUUGAGGACAUCAGAAUCGUCACCAGCUCUGAUAACCUCGAAGAGCCACGUGAAUGAUGUCCCCUUCUCCUUUGGAUUCGAACAGAGCAGUGGCUCCCCACAGACAAUAUCUCCUAGAUUAGAAACGGCUGUGAAUAACCAUGGAUUACCAACUCCACGACCAGAGAGUGAUGAAUAUCACGGUAGCCAACUUCCUAUCACAGCCACAGCCACAGGCCCAACCCCGUCCCCUUCACCUCUCACCGAAAAAUAUUCAGCUGGACCUAAUAUAUCUCGUGACACGGAAUUCAGGCUUGAUGGAACCAAGUCUGUCUCAAGACGAUCCUCGGUGUCUGAACUAUCCCAGCGGCCCCAGCAAGUGCCGCAAACUACUUUCUACGAAGCCUCAGAUAGCGAACGAGAGAUCAAUGAUGGUGCGUCUUCUGUUUAUGAUGAUGAUGAAGAAGACCCAUAUAUGCCUUUUGAACAGCCCCUUGCGCCAGUUUCUUCGCCUCCUUAUAAGCUCCAAAGGCAUAUUGUUCCAGCAUUCCCUUCGGAAAAACAGAUGCCCAACCCUCACAUCAUUUCUCCAACCCAAGUAUCUCAAGAUACAACCCCUUUACACGACAGCGAUUCACCAACGCUCCCUCCGAACGCCGGGUUGAGUAGCAUGAUUCGGCAGCACCUACGAUCCGAUAGCGGAAUAUCUUCGAUUUAUGCACCAUCGAUGCAUGGGAAAAUUUCAGAACCACAUCCAGAGCCCCCAUCCCUGGCACAGGCUCUGGCUACCUGGAACCAGGACCAAUAUCCGGAUUACGACGAAGAGGCGCCCUUCCAACCAGAUGCUCCCCAUGUCGAAGUUCAUGAGCCUAAGCCCAAGGCCUCCCUAGCGGAUCUCAAAAAGAGGGAAGCGGAGGAAAAUAAACUUCAAGUGGAAAAGCCAGCAACUCCAUUGAAAAGCAUUCCUAUGGAGAGAAACCGCUCUGAUAACACACUAUCCACUGGUGAUGAUGAAACGGAUGAAUGGCGAACUCAGCUCGAAGAAAAAAAGAAGAUGUUGCAGCAGCGUUUGCAAGAACACAGCGGUAGAAAUUCACCCGCCCCUGGCUUUGCCGAUAGCACGGAGGACCUCCCAAAGAACUCUAUUCUUAAGCCAGGCAUGCUAGGGAAUAUGCUUAAAGGCAAGAGCUCACCGGCCUCAGGCCCUGGAAAAGAAGAGUCCAAGGCGUUGAAAAUGCUUGGUAUAUCUCCUUUGCUGAACCAAUCGAAGGAGUCUUUUGGACGCAGGGAAGAUGAAGAGGAAUUCGCUUUGGAUCGGUCUGAGGAAAGGUUGCGUCCUAUGCAAAGCCGUCCUGAUUUACACCAACCGCACCCUGAUGCGCGUUCCCGCGGUCCUGGCCCGAUACCUGGGCAAAGGCCUCAUAAUCCAUACGGUCAAGGCUCUCCCGGCCCUGGACGCCCUUAUCCUCCACACCACGGGCCUGGGCCCCAUAGCCAACCUCAUUCAAACGGACCCCGCUCCUUUUUGCCAAUGACCGCUCCGGCCCAAAAUGGUUCGAGAAAGGGCCCGGGUCAUAUUCCGAUUGAGGCUGGCAUGCCACCAACAUCCAAUAUGCAUCGAGACUUCGUUGAGCAGGGUCGCAAUGGACGACAUGGGCCCGGAAUGCCACACCACAUGCAACACCGCAGCCCACCCCCUAGCCGUGGAUAUGAGCCCAUGGGUCGGUCUGAAUUCCGCCCUCCUCAUGAUCGCCAGGAUGGGAGAGGCCCACAAUCUCAGCCUGGUGGCCGUCCAAGGACGCGCUCCAACGCCCAACCGCCACCUAACGAGUUUAUGCAUAAGUCACCUCCACAAUCCAAGGGGUCGAUGCGGCAGAGGCCGUCCGAAGAGGACCUACGUGGACGACAAAGAGGGCCUCCUCCUCGAAUGCCGGGCGUUAAUGAUAUGAAUGGUGUUAUGACGACCGUUACGACUGGAACGGCCCCUUUGCCGCUCAACAUUGACAAGAAGCCACAGACAAGCAAAGCAAAACAGGUAGAUCCUAUGCAGCAAAGGGAGCCUCAGGCGAGAACUGAAAGCAAGGCCACCGAACCAGUGGCUCGCGAGCGUCGACCAGGGAAUUUGACCAUCCCUUCAACUGAGGUAGUUCCCCAAUCUAGAUUCUCUACAGAGGACUCUCCGCAAGGUUCUAGCUUUGUCGGGCGUUUUCGCAGCAACAGUAAAUCCCACAAAAUUACAAGCAUCGCAAUGUUUGAGCAGGAGAACGCGAGCCAACCGAGCCUGCCAUCUCCACCCAAGUUGCCUCAAACGGUGCCGUCAAGCAUGUCGAAGCCCCCACUUACAGCUUCGCCUGGGAUCGCCCAAACACUUGCAGAACUAACUGGAUCUGAUGGCGCCAAUCCUGCUUUCCAAAAAACUGGAGCUCCGGCAGCGAGCAUCAGAGACGGAAAAAGGCCGAGGAUUAGAAAGGCGGAUAUUAGUGAACCGACUCUUCUCCACACAACAUCGCAAAUGCCGGUUUCCAACCUCAUUGACGCCGGGAGCAAGGUCUACCACAGAGUCCUACCUCCAGGUCUAAGCGAUUCACCUCAGAUGAGGCAACGAUCUGGCUCAGAUGAAUCAGCAUCUAGGGUCCCCCGUGGGACCGCAACGCCUAUCCAGGGCCAACGUACGAGUGACCCGGAUAGUGACAGGACCCGUGUUCUACGCAAAGCAGCUAGUGAUGGCAGCAGCCUUCGCGAUCGUGCUGCGGGUAGCGCUAGACAUAGGCCAGCCAUGCCAUCUCCGAUGCCUUAUUUUGGAACGGAUGGCCGCCCACUCAAUGCGACUUCUCAUCCUUUCCCCAAUAAUGCUCCUGCUGGAAUGAUAUAG